AUGGUCUCCGGAAAAUUAAUCAAACUCUUGGUUUAUGAAGUCUUAGAAUUUGCUGCUUUUUGUGUCCCAACACUCGUGGUGGCAGAACAGUUUGCCUUUGCCUACCAAAGGACAAAGAAUUCCAAUGAGAAGACGUUUUAUUGGCUUGUCGUGUCCAUUUCCAUAGCUUACGUGGCAUUGGUGGCAUUGCUGGUUUGGGUUCCUGUAAAAGUUCUGCUACACAAAAAGCAUCAUCUCCGCUCCAAAAUAAAACAAUGGAGACCUCCUCUAAUGAUGUGUGUAAUAUUCACAACACUCCCAUGCUUUGGAUUUUCUAUAGCAGUCACAGAGGUCCAAAAAGGUGGUUCAAAUAGUACAACAUCCGCAUUGCCUGAAACUUUACCUGACUUACCAGUGUCAUUGGUUAUGGCCUCUUUAAUUAUUGUUGAUAUAAUUGAAAAACUUCGGAAAUAUCCUCUCAAAGGAAGAUCAAUAAUCCUAUAUGUUCAGAUCGAUGGCAUUAAGGCACUAUACAAACCCAAAAUGCCUUCUGAAUCAUAA